AAGAAGCCCCAGACGUUAGUCGAACAUGGCGUUGAGCUGGAGAGCUGUCACCGGUCAACAGAGGAGAACAACCGCUGCCACGGCCUCAACGUUGCUCUGAGAGUCGGACUACCCGUGACCGUCUCAGCUCCGUUAUCUUCGUUUUUUACCCGUUUUUCUUUUUUAUCCCACUUCUGUGAUUCAGCGGACUGACGGCUAAUCUUAGAGUCAGCGAGGUUACCAUCUUAGCUAGCGCUGAAACGGACGGUUUGACCACAGAAUGUGUCCGCCUGUUUAGCUAACGGCGGUUAACGUCCGCGGUGGCAGACGCCAGCGAUCGAUCCCGUCACGAGCUCUGCUGUUCGAGUGAACUCCUGCGCGUGCACUCAGACCUAUUAGCCAGUCGAUAAUAACACAGCAUGGUCCAGUGAGCUGUUGCUCCUCAUUUGCUCGUCACUCAGCUCAGUUAAUACUAUCAGCUCGCAUUUGACUCACCUGAGCGUCACAUGCCACAUUUAUACUGUUAUAUUAUUAUUAUUAUUAUUAUUUAGCCUGUAGAGCGUUAGCUUGGGAAGCGUUGAGGAAAUGUCCGAUAACCAGAGCUGGAACUCCUCCGGUUCCGAGGAAGACAUAGAGCCCAGAGAGGAGCCCGGGCAUCUUGUUGGUGUCGUCGACCUGAGCGGAGUCCUCAGCAAGUGGACAAAUUACAUCCAUGGAUGGCAGGACCGUUGGGUGGUCCUGAAAAACAACACACUGAGCUACUACAAGUCUCAGGAUGAGACUGAGUAUGGCUGUCGAGGUUCCCUCUGCCUGAGCAAAGCUGUUAUUACUCCCCAUGAGUUUGAUGAGUGCCGGCUGGACAUCAGUGUCAACGACAGCGUGUGGUACCUAAGAGCACAAGACCCAGAGCACCGACACCAGUGGAUCAACUCCAUUGAGCUGCACAGGAGUAUCAGAGAGGGGAGGAGAGAGAAGGGAGGAGUCCAGGGAACAAUAAUCAUCCCUCCACCACCGGCGGAUUCUGGAUAUGGCUCAGAGUCCAGUCUGCGGAGACAUGGCUCCAUGCUGUCUCUCACGUCAGCCACCAGCGGCUACUCUGCCACCUCCACAUCCUCCUUCAAGAAGGGUCACAGACUGAGAGAGAAGCUGGCGGAGAUGGAGACCUUCAGAGACAUCUUGUGCAGGCAGGCGGACACACUUCAGAAGUACUUCGAUGGCUGUGCCGACGCCGUGUCUAAGGAUGAGCUGCAGAGGGAUAGAAUUGUGGAGGAUGAUGAGGAUGACUUCCCCAACACCCGGGCAGAUGGAGAGUUUCUGCACAACAACAACGGCAGCAAAGACAAAUUGUUCCAGUCCUUGAGUCCCAAGGGAAUCAAUGGCAUAGACUUUAAGGGCGAGGCCAUCACAUUCAAGGCCACCACAGCCGGGAUCCUGGCCACUCUGUCCCACUGCAUCGAUCUCAUGGUGAAGAGAGAAGACAGCUGGCAAAAGAGGCUGGACAAGGAGAUGGAGAAGAGGCGAAGAAUAGAGGAGGGUUAUAAAUCAGCCCUCAAUGAGCUGAAGAAGAAGUCUCACUUCGGAGGUCCAGAUUAUGAGGAGGGUCCAAACAGCCUCAUUAACGAGGAUGAAUUUUUCGAUGCAGUUGAAGCUGCUCUCGACAGACAGGACAAAAUCGAAGAGCAGUCUCAAACCGAGAAGACGAGGAUACAGAGAUCCAGCCCUCCCCCCCCUGGAGACGUCUAUUCCAGCACUGGCACACACAGAUUCUCUGACAAGCCUCAUAGUCAGUCCUCCCCUGCUCUGAUAGUCAUGGCCCCGCCUCACGAUGUCCACAGAUUCAGCACAGAGGUGGAGGAGAUGGUGCAGAAUCACAUGACCUACUCCCUGCAGGAUGUUGGUGGAGAUGCCAACUGGCAGCUGGUGGUAGAGGAGGGAGAAAUGAAGGUGUACAGGAGAGAGGUGGAAGAAAACGGGAUUGUUCUGGACCCGCUGAAGGCCACCCACUCAGUGAAGGGCGUGACUGGUCACGAGGUCUGCCACUACUUCUGGGACACGUCCUACCGCAACGACUGGGAGACCACCAUUGAGAACUUCAACGUCGUGGAGACGCUGUCAGACAACGCGGCAAUUGUUUAUCAGACGCACAAGCGGGUGUGGCCUGCGUCUCAGAGGGACGUGCUGUACCUGUCCGCCAUGAGAAAGAUCUUGGCCAACAAUGAGAACGACCCGGACACUUGGCUGGUCUGCAAUUUCUCUGUGGAUCACGACGACGCUCAGCCGUCCAGCAGGUGUGUCCGUGCCAAAAUCAACAUCGCCAUGAUCUGCCAGACCCUGGUCAGCCCACCAGAGGGAGACAAAGAGAUAAGCAGAGACAACAUCCUGUGUAAAAUCACCUACGUCGCCAAUGUGAAUCCUGGAGGCUGGGCUCCUGCCUCCGUCCUCAGGGCCGUGGCAAAGAGGGAGUACCCCAAGUUCCUGAAGCGCUUCACCUCCUACGUCCAGGACAAAACUGCCGGCAAACCCAUCUUAUUCUGAGGCUCGCAGGUGACACGGCGCUCUGUCACCUCUGAAUCUGUAUUCAGCACAAACCCGGCAAAGUGACGACAUCUUUCCAGCGUUGAGACACGCGGACAGAACCGCACGUGAGGCUUUGAGGAUCUGCUGCCGUCACCACAACUUCCUCUAAGUGAUUUCCUCCCUUCCCGUUCGUAGCUCGGGGUCAGUUCCAGUACAGGAGGAAGGGAGAUAAUGGCGCCCUCUGCUGGUGACAACCUUUGACCUCUGGGAGAGUUCAUAAUUUAUCACUUUACUUGAUUUUCCCCUUUAUUGUGACUUAACUGAUAAAAUACUAAAUUGUUGUAAUUGACAGAUAAUUUUGAGUGUUUUUAUAAAAAAUAGACACAGCAGUGAGGCCAGCUGUUCUUCCCUCCCCCAUGAAGGCUCCUGCAGCAGCUCCUGAUGCCACAGUUCACUCACAGAGGACUUAAGAGUAGCCAACACAAGUGAUGUCUCCUUUCUUACAGAUAUAUUAAUAUAUAAAUGUAUGUAUGUUCUAUAAGAGGUUUGUAAAAAGAAACAAACAGAUCUUUGCUAAUAGACUGAAAGGUUUUAUUCUUGCCAUUUAUAGUUCCUGUUUGUGAUGCUUUGUGUUUCAUAACUAGUCAUUUCCAAGCUUUCUUUUUAAGCUUAGAUUCUUGAUUGAUUUGAGAUGAAUAUCAUCUUAUUUGUAUUAAGUCCAGAGGGCUGUCAUCGACCCAUGACUCCGAUGAUGUAAGACUUGACCUUCCUGACUCCGUCCCUCUCAUGAAAACACCUCCGGUUGGUGCUGAUGGAGCGACAAGUUGAUGGGAGUUUGUCGUAGAUUCAGUGUAUAUUUUCCGCUUGGCUUUAGUCGUGUCAUUGUACGAUGUUGAAUCGUCAUCUCACAUUUUGAAUGUUGUAAAUAGUCACCAACAUUUCUAUGAAGGUCUGUAAAUCCUUUUUGCGACUGAGUCGAGCCCAGAUGCCUUAGUGUUGCAGGACGCGAUAAAGGAUGCUGUUAGUGCACCUUUGAAAUCACUAGUGAAGUGCCUCAUGGCUAAAACCCCCCCCCCCAUUAAUGUCUGUUCUCCCUGAGGAGUUCAUCACUGAAUGAGUAAAC